AUGAAUGAUGUAGUGAAUACUGAUUUUAUUUAUAAGGCAACAUUAAUCUGGUUCUCGUUUCUCUUCUCUGUAAAAAAAGGAAAAAUAUUAAUUCUCUGUUCUCAGACAGACAGACAGGCACAUUUCCUACAUUUUUACAACAUUUCAUAUGUUCUUGUCCACGGGCUAACAGACACAUGCUGGGACACAUGCAUGGGCCGGCCCACCAACCGGCUGGACUCCAAGACUGAGGUGUGCAUAAUGAACUGUGUGGAAAGGUUCAUUGACGCUACAACUUUCAUAACAAGACGAUUGAUGAACACAACUAAGUACCGUUCUGACGCACCUCUUUUAUUCCAGUAA